AUGUCUGCCCCCAACGACUACCCCGCCCACCACCGCCACCCCGUCAACUCCACGACUCCCGCGGAUCCGCCCGUCGCAGGCGAGGCCACCGCUGCUCACCCUCCUGCCGGCAAGCCAGACCCCACCCUCGAGAGCAAUGCCUCCCAAAGAAGACUCUCCGCCCCCGGUCCCUCCGCCUCCGCCGAACUCGCCAGUCUUAAAGUAAAGCUCAAGGGCGCGCUGCGCCAGUUCCCCGACUUCCCCGCCCCGGGCAUCCUGUUCGAGGACAUCCUGCCCAUCUUCGCAGACCCCGCGCUGUUCGAGGCGCUCAUCCACGCCCUCGAGCUGCACAUCACGCAGACCUACACCGAGAAGCCCGACGUCAUUGUUGGGUUGGACGCGCGCGGCUUCUUGUUUGGCCCGACGCUGGCGCUGAGGCUGGGUGCUGCGUUUGUGCCUGUUCGCAAGAGGGGUAAGCUCCCUGGUCCGUGCGAGACUGCGGAGUACAUGAAGGAGUAUGGCGCGGAUUUCUUCCAGAUGCAGGCCGGUGCGGUCAAGCCGGGGCAGAAGGUGCUGAUUGUCGAUGACAUCAUUGCAACUGGUGGCUCUGCCUCUGCGGCCGGCACCCUCGUCGAGAAGCUCGGCGGCAAGAUUGUCGAAUAUAUUUUCAUCCUCGAACUCGAUUUCCUCAAGGGCCGCGACAAGCUCAACGCACCCGUUUACACUCUGCUCUCCGGCCAGGAGGAGAAGCUCGGCAGCAGAUAA